CCUGCGAAGAGUUCGGAGUUUUGGCUGCGCGCAAUUAAGGGCUGCCCCACGGCACCCAUCAGCACACCAACACCGUCGGCAGCCCCGCCACCCGGCGCUACCUCCCACCAAAGCCACCGCUCCACGCCGCCGACGCGCCAGGUGCACCACCCAAGCGGACCAGUGCCACAGAGAGAGACACCAGCAUGUGGAAGCUCCUCCUCCUCACCGCCGCCGCGACGGCGGUCGAACUCAAGCAAAAAAUGAUCAUCCGCAACACGGGGAGCGAAGAUCUGGCGGUCUACUUCAUGGGCGCCCUGCACGAAGGCGACCUCAGCCUCUGGGACGGCUCCGAGACCUUAAAUGAUAUUGUGAGCCCGGGCCAGGUCACGGCGAGGUAUGUCAGAUACAACGACUCCUUCGCCGUGCGGUCCGGCGACCUGAAGUGGCGCGUCCGGCUCUCGCUCUACAAGAACGACGACGCCGAGCAGCCCUACAAGAUGACGUUCCACAACGUUAUGACGGACGAGAAAGAUCAACCAGUAGAACUCAAGCACCACGCGGCGGGCUACCUCUGGAUCGAGCCGAACCACCACGUCACGCACAGCGCGGCGCAGGGCCACGAGUUCGCCCUGCGCGAUAGGGAGUCGAAAGAAAGAUUGGCCGUGUCGGUGCACGCGCUCGGUAGGGAUGAGUUGUAA